UUCUUCUCUUUCACCACUCAAUGUGAAACAAAACAAAGCCUUAAUAUCUCUUCAACCCAGAUGGAAACAGUGAUAUUGGAUCCUAACAGCAACCUCGUUGAAGAAACGACUCCCGAGCCGUUGCUUCCCCCAAAUUGUCCUGAUAUAAGUGAUAUAUUUGGUGAUCCACAAUUAAGUCUGAGAGUUGGCAACAAAUACCAGGUGGAAAUUCCUCCCAUGGUAACAGGAACUGAGCAUCUUUCGCUUUUGAUGGACCCUGUUGACCUGGAUGGAAUUCCUUGUCUCGCUCAUUCCUUUCUCUUAGGCUUACCCCUGCCUUUCAUGUGGACACGUGAUGAAGAUAUUGAUUACAGGGAUGAAUCCAAAGGAGGUUCAUGUAAGGCUAAUGAUGGAACUAAGGUGGAUGAGUGUGUCAAAUCUCGUAAGUGCAAAAACGGACAGAGUUUCAAGAGGAAGAAAAAUUCCAAACUAAUUCUGAAGAGUCCGAUGCAAGGAUGGUCAAUGAAAAAGAAUCAAAUUCGGAAAAUCUUGAGUAUGGAAUGACAAGUAAAACCAAUCUAUUUCGACCUUUUGAAGUUAAAAACUCUCAUCUAGUUCCUGGUGUAGCAGGUGAUUCCUGGAGCAAUGCAGAAGUGGAUGGUUUUCUUCUUGGUGUGUAUAUAUUCGGGAAGAAUUUUGGGCAGAUAAAAUGAUUAAUUGAGAACAAGGACAUCGGUGAUAUAUUGUCAUUUUAGUCUGAUGGAUAUCGUAGAUGGUGAGAUGGACAAAAGAGAAGUCGUUGAAAAAAUAUAUACGGACGGAAAAUAUUUACUGGCUGGAGGCAACAAGAAUUGUUAUCUCGUUUGCUUGCUCCUGUCCCGGAUGAAUUACAAAAUAAUUUGCUGGAUUUAUCACUCAGAUUUCAUUUAGAAAGAAGCUCAAUGUGUUUUUCUGUUUACUAUUGUGGUGUCUAAUGUGUUUUGCUGUUUAUUGAUGUCAGACUUCGAUUUUUCGAUGCUAGCUUCCCAAUAUGUUUUACUAGGAAUAUAAGAUUCUCAAACUAGUCGUCUAUUGGCAGGUAUCUAAGUCAUUUUUAGAGGGGAAAACUUCACUCGAAAAUUAUGUUUACUAUCUGAAGACUAGAGUUGGCUUAUCUAAACUUGUAGAAGCAGUAGGUAUUGGCAAGAGGAAAGCAGAUCUUACAGGCCUGGCUAUGGAGCCUCCGACGCUGACUCAAGUUACCCCCGAAAUACCACCUGGGAAGGCUUGCUCAUCUCUUACAUCUAGUGACAUCAUCAGAUUUUUAACUGGAGGCUUUCGGUUGAGCAAAGCUCGUUGCAACGAUAUUUUAUGGGAAGCUGUUUGGUCUCAUUUGCUUGCACGAGGGGGCCUUCUGAGCAGCCU